UUUGAAAUAAAUAUGGCCAUAUGGGGUAUAAUGUAUUUGUAGAUAAUUAUUAAUACUCCAUAAGGUAAAUAUGUGUUAUGUCCUUAUCAAUGAUAUGAUGGACUCUAAUAGAAUACGUGUUUUGUGUGUCUAUUUCAUGUUAGCAAAAAGGCUUGAUAGGUUGAGUCCAUUAAACGGCAUAAUUUUACAAUCAAUUCAACCACCACAACUCCCUAAUAAUGUAUGCAACACCAAUAAGUCAACAAACCCACUUGAAAUUCUAUCUGAAUGAAGAACAAUGUACCACCACAACCAUCCAAGGUACUGCCAAAUUUCGCACCACAACCCUCUCAAGUACUGCAUACAUUAAUACAAAUACGAGAUUGGACUAUUUUGUUGAUCCUCGAUUGAUCAUGUAUCGCGACCACAAGCCAGAGUAAUUAUUGUUGGAUAUAGGCUGGUAAGAAAGCAUUGAAAAGUUGUGGGGAUGGUGGAGUUUGGGUGUCAAAAUCCAUCUCAAAGAUAGUCAUUUGACUCCCACGUGAAGAGGCCCUUGAAGACACAAACACUAAAUGUUAUCAUCCACACACUUAGUCACUUCAAUUCAUAAAACAAAGAACACUAUUGUAUGUUUUAAGUUCUGGCCAUAUUGUCUUUGUUGUAUUGGUCUUCAAUUCAUUCCCCACCCUUUAAUUUCCUUUUCAUGGUUGCUGCUACACAACUCAAACACAACCAUCCAACUUUUUCCUUCCUAAAAAAAGAGAUGUGACACUAGCCUAGCAUCUUACCUUUAAUUUCCUUCAUUAUAUCUUCCUUCCUUCAUCUUCUCAUCAUCAUUCCCAUCAUCUAUUCCCCCUCUUUCCUUUUACCUUUCUAAAGCUUAUUGUCGCGUCUCUUUCGAGCUCCCCCACCCCACUUCAAUUAUUCCCAUUAUUAUGGUGUAAGGUAGGUCAAUUAGCAAAUUUUAUCUCUUAUCCAUCUUUCUUAAUCACAUAGAUUAAGUGUACAUAUAUGGUAUUAAUUAGUUUUUUUUAUAACUUGUCUUUGUCAUUGAACAACAUAUGGCACAUGUGUAUGUUAGUGUUGUACUCCAUAACAUCUCCAUUAUCUCAAGCUUUGUAGUUGAUUCUUUGUUUGCAGAAAAGUAGAUUGAAAAAGACGGAUCGAACGAGCUUAUAACAACUUUGCUUGAUGCUACAAGGCACUUGAAAAGAAUUGCUCUACUUAAAAAAGUCUUCUCCUAAUUUCUUUUGAGAGUUCCCUUUCAAAUAGCUCUCAGUGUUUCUUUUUAGUUCUUGCCUUGUGUGAUAAUAACGCAUAGAAUAGUAUAGUUUAGUCUUUACACCCAAUAAUAAUGUUGAACUCCUCUACUUUGAGCAAUAAUAAUAUUACAACUACUUGUACUACUAGUCCCAUUCUUUAUGUGGACAAUAUAUUGAGCUACCUUAUUGAUGAUUCAAACCCGAAUUCCAAGCAAGAUGAUCAUUAUUCAUCUAAUCAUUACUCUACAUCUUACUAUCACUUGCCUUCUCCUUUGAUUUACAAUGAAAUCGACGAUUUUGUUAUCAACCAUGACCUUGAAUUCAUCCAACAAUCCUUCUUAGCUAACAAUAGCUCUAUUUUGACCGACGAUUCCUCCAUCUUGGAAGUUGAUCAUAGCAAGGUAGUGGAUGAUUCAUCAAACAAGGGUGAUGAGGUCAAUGGAAUAGUAGAAGAUAAUGAAAUGAAUAACCACACCAUAAGCUCUAAUAAGAAUGCUAUUAGUCACGGCGGUUUGAUGAAGAGGAAGAGAACUUCCAAUAAGGAUAGGCAUAGCAAGAUUAGGACGGCUCAUGGUUUAAGAGAUAGGAGAAUGAGACUCUCCCUUCAAGUUGCUCGCCCUUUCUUCAAGUUGCAAGACAUGUUAGGCUUUGAUAAGGCUAGUAGAACCGUCGAGUGGUUGUUGAUACAAUCUAAGUCAUCCAUCGAAGAGCUCGUUCAAAGCAAGCAUGGAAGCCCAAGUGGUGUGACUACUAAGUGCACCACCAUAUCCUCAACCUCGGAUGAUUGUGAAGUGGAUUCGACAAUAGUCGAAGAGGAAAGAAUAGGGUGUUCUAAGGAGAAGAGAGGGUUGUCAUCAUGUGCUAGAAAAGAUGAAGUUAUUAAGAAGAGAAAGAGAACAACAAAAGAGGAAAGAAAAGUUGCAAGAGAAAGGGCAAAGAAAAGAACAUUAGAGAGAAAGCAAAGUAGAGAACAAGUUAAUUACACUAAUACAAGUAUCAUUAAGGAAGGAAACAAUGAUUAUUUUGAAGUUAGAGGUGAUAAUCUUACAGGAAAUUGGAGUCCUUUAACAACAACUUUAAACUAUCAGCCAAGUUUUGAAGUUUGUCAUCAAAGUGCUCCAAGCUACACGAUUUCGACACAACGGAACAUGGUGGAAGGCCCACAGCAGUAACGAACACAAUGGUUGUAUGUCGUCCUAGCUAGCUAGCUAAAAUGGUGUAUGUUUUUAUCUCUUCCAAUUACCAUUGUUGUCCCCUCGAAUUUGAAUUCGCCAAGGUUUAUAGUACAGGGAUAAUUCACUUC